AUGACAUCACACCUAUCUCGGAGCUCAAUGGAGGCAUUAGACCGCAUCGCCGGCAUCCCACCGCCGACGACAUGGAAGACCGUAUCAGCGUCCAUCUUCCACUACAGCACCCUUCCUGUCGUUAAAAUCGCCACUGGCAUCCUGAACACCGUGCUCGUGAUAGCCGCGCCUCUUAUCCACCUCGCCAGCUAUAUCACUCACGUGCUUUUGAUUCCCCUGUCCCUAUUUGGCAAUCUCGAGAUAUUUUACAUGUACUUCGGCGUUGCUUCUAUAGUCGGGCUCCUGGCUGGAGGCGUUGUUUACUCCAUCUCAAGCGUCCUGGUUUCAGUGCUUGGCCUCAAACCCACGCCUACCCAGAAGACGUCUCGCACGAUCCAAGAACCUCAAGCCGGACAGAAGCAAGGAGGCAGCAGAAGACUUCGGGGCACAGCCCCCAAAGGUAGACUCACUACCGGCUACGAAGAAAGGCCAUGGUACGGCGAGCCCCUGACCAGAGAGAACGUGGGAUAUCUAGACAAAGGCCGAAAAGCAUGA